AGGUGAUACAGAACAAAGAGAGGUGUUUGUCGACAUCAGUGCUAUCAAAGCAGCAAUGCGUGAUGCCACAAAAGCAACCAAUGAUGCCAAAAGUGAUGUCAUAGAAGAACAUUGUGAUGUCAACAUUCCUUACAGUAAUAUAGAAAAAUUUCUCAUCGAACCAAGCCCAAGUAACCUUAAGCCAUGUAAUCCACCCAGUGUUUCUAUAGCAACCAGUGACCCCACAGCAAUAGCCAAGGGUACUGCCACAACAAACAAUAGUGUCACCAUAACAACCAGAGAUGUAACCCCAACAAAUAAUGUUGUAACCCCAACAAAAACCAAAA